UCGCUGAAACAAAAUAAACACACCGCACGUCAGUUGUCAUUCAACAGCUCCAUCUACAGGGAUGAAUUGAUUUUAUUUCUUUUAAGUUUAGGUCGAGAUCUUCGGAAUGGCAGACCCAGCGGUUGCAAAGAAAUCAAAAGCAGAAAAGAAAGCACCCAAAGAAGGUGCUCCAACAAGUGAUAAACCAUCAGUUAAAAGGCGUCCUUUUAAAAGACAUGGACGUUUAUACGCAAAAGCUAUUUUUACUGGUUAUAAACGAGGACUUCGUAACCAACACGAAAAUACUGCAUUAUUAUCUGUAGAAGGUACGUCUUCUAAAGAUGAAAGCUGGUUUUACGUAGGAAAAAAAUGUGUUUACGUAUACAAAGCUAAAAACAAGACCUGUGUUCCUGGCAGACCAAAAUCUGUUAAAUCAAAAGUUAGAGCUAUUUGGGGAAAAGUAACUAGACCGCAUGGUACACGAGGUGCUGUCAGAGCUAAAUUUGCAAGAAAUUUACCAGCAAAGGCGAUGGGACACCGUAUUAGAAUUAUGCUGUACCCAUCCAAGAUAUAAAUAGUUGAUAAUAAAAAGAAAUAAAUGUUUUUUUAACA